AUGUCGAAGAACAAAAUUGCAGCUCGGAUCGACAGCCUAAGUGUAGAAGUUAAAACCAAGUUCGACGCGGAGUUCCGCCGCUUCUCGCUCAGCCGCACGGAGAAGAUGAAGUACGAGGACUUCAAGGCGCUCAUAGAGAAGCUGCACCGGCUGCACGACGUCGCCUUCCUCAUCUCGGUCAUCAUACAGAGGAAAGGAGACAGUUUGGAGGAGCUCAACGGAUACGGAACCAUGCGUCCCAGGAAUAUAAUCUCGUCGAUACUCAGCGGCACCCCGGCCAAGAACAAAGGCCUGGCGAUAUCCAACCCCCACGACUUCAGGAUGGUUUCGGCAAUCAUAGACGUGGACAUUGUGCCGGAGACGUGUAGGAGGGUGAAACUCCUCAAACAUGGUUCCGACAGACCGCUGGGAUUCUUCAUAAGGGACGGAACGUCAGUGCGCGUGACCCCGAACGGCGUGGAGCGAUCGCCCGGCAUCUUCAUAUCGCGGCUGGUGCCGGGCGGCCUGGCCGAGUCCACCGGCCUGCUGGGGGUCAACGACGAGGUGCUAGAGGUCAACGGGAUCGACGUCUCCAACAAGACCCUGGACCAGGUGACCGACAUGAUGGUGGCCAACUCGUCGAACCUGAUCAUCACGGUGCGGCCGGCCAACCAGCGCGCGGGGCCCGCCCCGCCCGAGGCGGCCUCGCGCCACUCGCAGCCCUCCAGCGAGCACGACGACGACAGAUUCGACCAAGACGAGCAGGACGAGAUCGUCGAUCUGACCGCAGUGACCUUGGAGGAACAGCACACCGAGCCAUCUGGUUUCGCGCACACCAUUCCCGCCAAGGAUGACGGACAAGUCCUUCACCUC